CAAACUUGAAAGGCGAGACCGAGACUAGACACAGCAGACGAGCUCGAGGCGUGGGGUUGAGAGCGUGCAGAGUGUGUGGAGCGCCUCGGUUAUUUGCGAGGGAUUUUCAAAAUAUUACAGGCCUACAAAUAGAUAGCUGUUUUUAAUGAUGGCGAAAGUCUUAAGAGACAAAAUUGAUGAAUAGAUCGAUUAAUACUGUAAUAUCACUUAAAAGUGGAUCAUCCUUUUUUGUCUAAAUGUCGUAAACAUCACAUGGAAGGAUUUCAACUUGGCUAGGCUAAUCUGAUUUGACCAACUGGAAUUGCUGCCGUAGCGCGAAUGAGAGAACAAGCAGGUGUUUUUGCCCACUCGUAAUUUAUGAACAUUUCCGAGCAAGUCAGCAAAAGAAGGAAGAAAUGGAAUGUGUGGAAUCGAGUGAAAAUUUUGAAGACAUGAUGAGCAGAGAAGAAACCACCAAUCCUGUGAUUAAGAUUUCUCCAUGUAGUCUUUUAACAAAAGCAAGUGAAACUUUUGAAGGAUCUGGUGAUUCUUCACUUGAAUUACAAGAGGAGAAUUCAAGCGCAGAGAAAAAUAUUGGAGUUCGCAAGUACCGCCCAAGACGUUUUCCCAGUGGAUCGGACAAUUCAAGUGAAUGUGAUUAUAAAUCACAUUCCUUCAUUAACAUGGAAGCGGUGAGUUUCCUUAGGACUCCAGAAGGAGCACAUGGACAUGUGGAUAGAUUUGUUACGGAAGAAAAUUUGUUGGAUAGUUUAUUUCACAGUUGUGAUGUGAGAAAGUCUGGAAAGGUGCGGCCAUCUGAUUUAAUAGAUUGCGUUCAUUCGAUUAUAAUUCCAAGACAUCAAAAUAAUGAAACAAAGUUUGCAGAAGAUCUGGCUUGUUUGCUUGAUCCCAGAGGCAAAGAUGAAGAGGUUGAUAUGAAGACAUUCACAUGCGGUGUUUCUCAAUGGAUCACUAAGUGUCAACUUGAGAAUAUGGACAACUCUGUGUUUCUAGACAAAGGUGUUUUAAACAGUUCACGUCUAGCUGCUGAAGAUGAUGUUGUUCCUCAGUGGUGUAGCAGUCAAAGGAAGCGUCAUAAGUCUUUAGGUCUUGAUGUUUCCAUGUUCAGCUUUGGCAGUUUAGAAGGCAACGGUGGAGACAUGUCAUUGCUAGAUGCAGAAUCAACCGAUCUUCAAAGCAAGGUGGAAGAUUUGAAUUUUCAAAUCCGAAAGUUGACAGAACAGAACAGCAAGUUGAAAAGUCAACUAGAGGUUACUGAAGAAAGCAAUUCACAAUUAGUACUUGAUUUAGAGACUCUCAAACAACAAAUCAAAGGAUCGCAAGUUAUAUCUCAAAGGAGUCAAUGCGUACGUCAAGAAAACCAAGAACUUAAAACAACUCUGACAAAUACAGAAGAUGCUAAGAAAGAAAUACAAAGAAAAUAUGAACAUCUGGAAAAUGAGAAAGUCGUAUUAGAAACAAGAGUUACAAACUUGGAGGAUGAGUUGUUACAAACACAACAUGAGUUAGAAUGCCUUCAACAAGAAAAAACUUAUGCAGAUGAUGCUCUUAGAGAUUUUAAGGAAAUUUUCAAGGCUGUUCAAGAACAGCUUGCAGCACAAGAGAUGGAAUCAUCGGAGAGAGUUCAGAAAUGUGAAGAAUUGAAGAAACAUCUAGAUGAGGAACAAAAGGAGAAGGAAAAACUAAAGACGGAGAAAACUCAACUGGAAAACCAGAUUCGGGAGACAAGGCAAGAACUAAUGGUCUUUCAAUCCCAAGAACAGGUCAUGGACGUAGAAUUUAGUAGCGGUGGCAACCUCUUGGCCCCCAUCAAUACCAGCACACCACAAAAGGCAAUCAUCCCUGGUCAUAGGAGUCUGCACUCUGAGCUUAAAUGUUUGGUCAGCCAAGAAAGUAAUCUACCUUCGCCACUUUGCGGAACUCCAGACCAUGAACUAGAAGAUGAAGAGCCUAUGUUAUUUGCUGCUGGUGAUGAGAAGAUUAACCUUGUAACAUCAGAACUCAAGAUUAAAAAGGAUGCUAUUAAGAAACAGAUCCAUCAGAUACUGGCACAGAAAGCAAUAUCUUCUCAGCAGGUAAUAGCAAAUAAGGCUAAUCAGGUGGUGUCUGAAGAUCUUCUUUACGCAGAGAUAGACUCAUUUACGGAAAACGUAACGUCAUUUGCCAAUGAGAAAUCGGAAUCGGAACAAAGAAUUAUGAAGUUAAGACAUAUUAUCAAGAAACUGAGAGAUGAAAAUAGCAAGAUGGUGAAGAAGCAUGCUGAAGCGCUUAUAAUAUUACAAAAACAGCCAGAAUCACAGCCAGCUAUUGAAAGCAUGAGAGAUGAAAAUGAGAAAUUAAAGUCCGCAUUAUCAGAAGCUAACCUACAGAUCCAAAAUCUAGAUGAGAAGAUUGAUAAAUGCAAAGCAGAGUUCGCCAACAUGCAGGAUGAAGCCCAGACAGUAGCCCACGCGCUACAGGAACAGUCAGAACACUGCCUACAGUUAGAAACUCAACUAGAGCAGCAUAAAAACACACUCAACAAACUGAAAGAUGAUUUGAAGACGAAGGAAGAAAUUAUUGUUAAGUUGGAAUUACAACUACAUGAGGCAGAAGAUGAAUUGGAGGAGAGUAGAAAACAACUUUACACCUUGGAGAACUCGCUAACAGUUAGUAUGUCUGAGCAUCACACAGACUUGAAGGGAAUUAUGAGUUUGGUGUCUUGCAGCGACUGCUCCAGUAACGAAAGUCAGUAUUUGUGUAGUGCACCUAUUAGAAGCGAAGAAAGACGUCCAAGGAAUAAACAUGGAGGUGGUCUUGUUAGAGAAAAUGAGGACUAUGUUGAACAGCUGCAUGGACAGACAGUAAAGGAUAGAAUAGGAAGGCAACUUUCAGAUCUUCAAACUCAGUUAGCAAAGCAAAAAUCGAAGAUAGCCUCAUUGGAAACCUUGAAAUCGAAUCAAUGCCAAACAUUUAAAAAUGUUGCUGACCUAGUGACAAAUACCAAGAAUAGUCUUCUAAAUCAAACCUACACAGAACAUAAUUCAACAAGUCUGUUCUCUGCGUUGUCUCUAGAACUGGAUAAGCGUUUGAUCACAGCAUUUACACAGCAUCCAGCAUCCUCCUCACAAACACUCGCUCGUAAUACAUCACAUGACCUCUUAUCCAAGUACCUAAGAACUUUCUCCGUCUCAACUCAGACUGAGUUGCCACGGACACCGAACCACCACUGCGAUCAAGACCACUGGAAUAACCGCACUCACCGGAAAAUUAUACCUGGUGCAGAUCAUUCUAUCCACAUUUCAUGCGAUUGUAACCAGCACGCAGGGUUUGAACGUUUGGAUACAACUGAUAGUAAGUUGCACACUUUGCAGGAUCUGUUAGACGAAGAUUCAGAUUCAUCGUGUGAUAGUGUAUUCUAUUCUGCAGUUCAUACUCCUACCAGACUACAUUCUGUUGACCUAAUAAACCAAUCUCCAAGGUUUAGUUACCAAGAAGAGGCAAUGCCAAUCAUGCAACCACCAAACAUUGCAGAAGGUCUUGAUGAGAAUUGUAAUAAUGGCAUCCGAUCCUCACCAAUUCCUCCAAACAUUACAUUCUGGCAUUCAAAAUCAUCUUUAGAACGGCAGGAAGAAGCUCAGAAGAUGGCUGACAUGUUAGCAAAUUCAUAUGCUAGACCAGCUCAGCAAAUAUCAUCACAUUCACCAUCAUCACAAACCGAUGAGGAUGGAUUAUUGCAUCCUGUGGCUCUACCUACUAGGAAACUUUCACCAAGACUAAAACGAAGAUCACAACCAGACAGAAGCAGGAGAUCUUUGCCAGUAAAUGUGAGUGAUCUACUAAAUGGUAAUGUGGAUGAUGUUGAAUUAAGUGAAGCAGAUAAAGAAUUGAAUUCUAAAUUGAUUGAAGAAUCCAAGAAAGCCUCCGAAAGGUUUAAAAAUAGAAAAGGAAGGCGGGCAGGUGCUGGCGGAUUAACAGGAAAUAGUAAUCGUUCCCAGUCACCAUCUCCCCGGAAUAUAAACAGUGAAGAUGAUAGCGAAUCUGAUAUUGAAGCAAAUGAACUCGGUAAACCAUCUUCCAUCAAUAUCCAAGUACCCACCUGUGCGUUUGUUAGCCAGUCAUCACCAACAACCAAGCUGGGGCAAAAUCCUCAAUUACUUUCUGAUGACAUCAUCAAUCAGAAGAUGGAUGAGGAUGAUCAAAUGCAAUCAAGUGAUGACCAGAUGGAUCGACAAGAAGCCGACUUAGAUAUAGACAUUAAAACAAAAGUGGAUAUAGACACUAAAGGGCACUUGGAUGUAGACAUAAAAGCAGAUAUACUGAAGGUUAUUGGUCCUGUCCAACCUGAUCAAGCCAAAGCUUCAGCCCAGUUGUCAAAGCUAAGGAUGGAACACAAGUUUAAAAGAAACCCACCAGUAUUCAAGAUGCCAGAGUUAGCAGAAGCAUCGGAAACAGAGAGCACCCGCGAGGCUGAAAGCCCCUGUGAAUCAGAUGCCUCGAUGCUAGCUACACAUGAAGUUCCACAAUUAAUAUCAGAGAAUAAUGAAAUACAUGAAGACAUACCUAGAAUACCACCUGAAAAACUACCAGAAGAAACCAAACCUAUGGAUAUACCAGAAACGCAGGAGUCGCAAAUAGAUACUGAAUGUGGUGUUGAGAAAACAGAUAUAAAAACUGAUAUGAAGGAUAAAGAGGAAAUUGUAACAAAUGAUGGAGAUAAUGAUCUUGUAAAGGAGGACACAGUUGACAUGGAGAUGAAGUCUGCCAAGAGAUUGAGUACUCUUCUUCCAGAGUCUGUACUCAGGAGUCUUGGGUUAUCAAAAUCACAGAAGGAUGAACCCAAUGUUCUUACUGAGAAGGAGGUUGAAGACAAGUUUUUGAACUUGGCACUUGCACUCAAGACAGACAAGUUUACUCUUGAGAAGCGAGUAUACCUUCACGGAAGACAGAGGAAUAUAGCAGAAGCAAACAUUGAUGAGGAAUUAGAAGAACUUCAAAGAAUUCUACGGACACUUGAUCCACUUUGCAAAGACCUUGAGGCUAAAGAUUGCAUUAAUAAAAUCCGAAGUCAUCUUGAAUAUUUACAUGCAUCAUCAACUAGGCUAUGCUCUAAGGCAGAGCUUCUAGGAGCCACACAGCAGGAAAAUCGUCUAAGUGCUGCGGCUGAAGUUAUGAUAAAGCAUGUGGAGAACCUUAAGAAGAUGUAUGAAAAGGAGCAUGCAGAAUUAGAGGAAGCAAGAAAACUUUUAGAGGAGAAUAAACUGCUAUUCAGAGGCAACAGUUUAACUGGUCUGGCUACUGAUGAUUCUCGUUUGAUGCCAAGGCGGUUGUCAGGUGGCGGAAAUCAAAAGAUUCGUUCUAGAGUUCGUGUUAGUCGUUGCCGUAGUGAAAGUGACACAGAAUUGAUUCAUAACGAGGGAGGAAGGAGGAGGGCCAGUGUGGCAACAUUCAUCGGCUACAGUAACCAGGGAGGACAGUCACUUAGAAAGAAAUCUAGACGAUUUUCUUUUCAACCCUCUACUUCCUUCAACCUAGAGGACUACAAGCAUGAGAGCUUACACAGCAGAUUACCGACCGUUAGACGUUACUCCAUCCAGCACCAACCCCCACUAGCAUCCAGCACUAACGAUGAGGAUGCAAGAUCCCGAUUUUCAUCAGCAAUCGCAGCAACUGCUGUUCGUAACAAAUUAAGCACAAUGUUCAUAAAUUCCAAGUCAGAGUCUGCUCAACAAAGCACAACGCCAGCGAAAAGGAAGAGUCAAGUGACUUUUAGUGAUGAAUCAAGUCCAGUUACCUCAGCAUCUUCACCAACCCAGAAUGAAAUUCUAAUUAAAGAGGAGCAAUUCAAUAAAGGAUUUGAGGAAGGAGUUCGAGUCCAACUGUCACAAGAAUUAGUAGAAUUAAGAGAACAACAAAAAGGAUUGUGUGAUAACCUGGAGGAACUGAUGGAUAAGGCAGAAGAUGAGCACUCGCAGACCACCGAGGCUUUUCAUGUACAACAGAACCCUUUAUUAGACUGGCUUCCAAUUGAUGUUAGCUUGCCUUGGUACCAGCUGAAGAGGGCACUGCGAUUAACAGUGACUGUAGUAAUGAUGUUCUUUGCACUAUUGACUCUGAUUAUGACGGUCAUGCCCAUUGAAUCUUGUGAGGGCAGUCUGGUCGCCAUCCAACGCCCUGGUCGGACUAUUGGCGAGCUCUUGCACCAGUUUGUCGAACUUAAACACGAAGGGAAGCCACCACAAUGAAACGGUUUAAAAAAAAAAAAAAAAAACAUCCACCGAUAUCUGAAGCAGAUAUAUAAUAUGUGUUGUUUUGAGUAUUGUAAUGACUCAAGAAAAAUUCAUUUUAGAUACUUUCCUCUUCAACCAAAAAUGGACACAAAAACGUUAAAUGUCAUAAACAUAGCAAUAUAUUCAUAGACGAAUAAUAUAUAAACAAUGAUAUAUUUUCUUAUUAAUAGCAAGAUUUGUUUAGUUAUUGCAUAUUCUAAUGUAUACACAACUAUAUUGAGAUGAUUUCUACUUGUUGUAAUGGAUUGAAUUUAAGCAGAAGAAAGUUAUAUAAAAUUGUUGAUUGUGGAGUCAAAUAGGCUUCUUUGUUUUUUUUUUCUCAACAAAUAUAUAAAUCUUUUAGAUGCUUAACAAGAAUAUUGCUCAAAUGUUAUACUAAUACUUUUAAAGCCUUGUUUCAUUUCAUAUGUACUCAUUAGUAGCAGUGCACUAUGACACAGGUGUGUAAUUGCCUGAGCUACUUUAUGUGGGUGGGGGCCAGCAGCCUUCCCAGUGGCUUCGUUCUGCCCUAUUGCCACCUCUGAUGUCUCUCUUGAAUUAUCUGAUAGAUAAUUAAAGUUAUAGCCAUUAUUGUCAUAAAUGAUUAGUUUAUCUGUAUGAAAAGGUGCUAUUUAUUAUUGUUAUCAUCCUUAUAAUUAUUACAUCAUAUGAUAUUUUUGUACAGAACAUUUUUGAGAGUAGAGAAUAAAAAUUUUGUUUAUAAUAUUUAUUUGGCAAAAAGCAUAUAGGAGAAAAACGUCAUGCAUUGCCCGCAUAGGGAAUGGGCGAAAGCCUGAACAAUAUUUGCUCCCUAUCCUUCAUAUAAAAUGAAAUACACAAAAACAAUCAGAACUAAUCAGAAACAUAAAAUGAAAUAAAAUGCUUAAUUAAAUUAUUCUUAAAACAGGAAACAUUAACAGAGUUUUGAAGUAGAGCAGGUAGUUCUUCCCAGAGCCUGGGAAAGGACACGAAAGCAGAAUUAAGAAAAAUAUUGCUUUUGGCUUUCCAGUUAAUAAGCCUACACUCACAACGCUCACUCUUAUGAACAAACUCUGUUAAUGUUGGGGGACACACAUUAUGUUCAUUUAAAUUUUACAUUGAAAUUCCCAAUGUAAAGUGCUGAAUAUUAAUGCUAUGCCUAAAGCUAGACUUGGCUGUAUAUUUUGACAUGCCUUAGGUCUUCAUUGCAUUUUAUCUGACACCAAUGAAGCAUGUUAUUUUAGAAAUAUAUAUAUGUUAAGACAAUGUCUUUCAGGUUGUUUUUGGUGAUUACCACCUAAACUGUUUUGCUUAACUCCGAUUAUUAUUACUGACACUGAAGAGAAAAACAUACUAGGGUGAAGAGUGUAGAAGAGGCCGUAAUAGAACGUGCCAUAUAAAUAUUAAAAAGGUUUUUCAACCGUAGAAACCUCUCCAUACUAAAUAGCUAUUUAACCUUAAUAGAACUGGCUAUUUUACCCCAAAAUAUAACAAGCCAUUCACCUAUAAUAAAACUAGCUAUUUUGCCGGGAAAAUAUAGUAGGGCGCUGAUCGAUAAUGCCAUAGAGAAAGAAAAUAAUACAGUAACUAUUUUAACCAUAGUACUGUAGAACAGGUCAUUUACCUAUAAUGAAACUAUUUUGAUCAUUAAAUAGUAAUAUAAGCUAUUUUAACCAUGUUAUGUCAUUCACCGUAUAAAGCCUCCUAUUUGUCCUGAACAGGCUGUUAUAUAGAAUAAGCCUGGCUACUUUACCAUACUGUAGUAGGUUGUUAUAUGAACAUGUAUCCAUAAUAUAUUUCCUCCAUGGUUAUGUACCUAGAAAGAAGCACUGCAAUUAUUCUAGUAGAUACAUCAACUAGAAGAAUUAUUGCAUUGAUUCUUUUACAAUAAUCAUCUUUAUGGAAUUCGUUGGCUACCUCAAAGCUGCAAGAACCUAAUAAGAAUUUGUUGAAGAUUCUUUAGUAAACGGCCACACAUUGUCCACAUUUUCAAACAUGCGUAAUUUUGUGAUGAAUCAAGUGGGACCUACUAUGAAAUAUUUGCAACUGCUAUCAAUAUCAGUCAGUAUUCAGUAGCUUCAUCAAUUGGUGAAAUAUCACUGUCUGAUUUUUAUAUUUACCUCUAAAUUAUUAAAAAAUAGCAAUCUGACAAAAUUUACAUACACUGAUGGCAUGACUAGUUACAGUAUGUCUUAAUUUAUUGUUUAUUACUUUAAAAACAAAAAUGACAGCAGAGUGAUUCCUAUUUGUUUGUAAUAUACUGCCAUGUUUUUCAGCUAUUCUAUUACUGCAAAAUAUAUAAACAAGAAGAAAUAAUUAUAAUAUAUUGCUACUUACUACAUCAAAUUUUGACUUCCAGGAAAAUAAUGCUACAUCUUUCUUAGAAAACAUUUAUACAAGAGAAAAUAGUAUGUGGCAUUUUGAUCUGUUGUAAAAUAUGGGAGCUUUGAGUGACCUUUCACUUAC